ACUGCUGGACUCACAUGGCUUUCUGAAUAGCUCAUAAUGCAGCGGAAUAUAUAUUUGCUUUGCACUGUGGUGUGGUUGUUUUUGCUUUGCUUUGCUGCAGUUUAUCCCUGUACUGAGAAACAUUCAAAUGGUAGGCAUGACAGACACAGUCAGAUCCAUAAGGAGACACAGGGAACGAAAAAGUUCUGUGAUCCUUCCUUCAGCAACCAGACAGCAGGUGCUAUCACUCAGAAGUGCAGCUCUGGCUUCUACAGAGAGCAGGCAGGACCAUACAGAGGUCAGUGUGUGCCAUGUAGCUGCAAUGGACUGUCCAAUGAGUGUGAUGAGCAUACAGGGAACUGUGUGAACUGUCAAUUUAAUGCCACCGGGGACCGCUGUGAACGGUGUAAAGAGGGUUACUAUGGAAACACAGCCAACAGGGCCUGCCAGGCCUGUCCAUGCCCCUUUACAUGGAACAACUUUGCAUUGGCCUGUCUGGACAUCGGCUCAGGAGUGGUUGAAUGCUUAUGUAAACGUGGUUACAAUGGAGCCAGAUGUGAGAGAUGUGCGUUUGGUUACUAUGGUAAUCCAAUGGUGCAUAGAGGCAGCUGCAUGCCCUGCAAUUGCAAGGAUGGCACCAUGAACAUUUGUGAUUCUCAGACUGGAGAGUGCAUCACAUCUGGUUGCAGCAGCUGUGAUGAUCAGUGCCAUGAAUGCGACAGCUGCAAUCUCGCUUUACUGGUCGAGUUGGAAAAUAUGGACGAUGCUCUGGCUUGGCUGAAGCAGCAGCUGCAGAACAUCGCUAAUGGUCCUGGUUCACUCUCCAGGCUGAACCACCUGGAGGCUAACAUCUCCGAAACCAAGAGAUUUCUCACCUCCCCUGUUUUGCAGAUUCAGAGUGGGAGGUACAGCACUGCUGUGAGACACCUGGAUCCAAAGGUGGAACAGCUGGAAGCAGAUGUGGAUGUUGUCAGAGAUGAUUUGAGUCAACUGAUUGACAAGACACUUGACACUGUGUCACAUCUGGAGAAAGUCUUGCAGAAUGUGACUGGAACAAAAUUAAAGACAGAGGAUCUUCUCUCUGAAGCUGAAGUUCUCAACGCAGCAAUACAAGAUUUGAAAAAGCGGCUAACUGAGGUGAAACCUGGAGAUUCAGAGACUCUCUCUGAAAACAACAAAGCCAGGAUGAUGGAGGUGGCCAUACACAUUGUGCAGGAAAUGAGAGCAAGAGGCUGGUCUUAUCAGAGAGACAAAGCUGGCAGCGAGCAGGAGGAGGCACACACAUUGUUGGACAUUAUCAGGAACAUGACAGUUCCUGUGGAAACCAACCAGACUGUAUUAAAUCAGACUGCAGACUCUCUGAUGAAGUCAGACUCUUCUCUGAGGGAAGUGGCUGAGCUGCUGUCAGACGCAGAGGACACAGUCAACAGGACACAGGGCCUGAACCUAAAAAGUAUAACUACGCUACAACAUCUGGAGCACCUUCAAACUCAGCUGGAGAGAGAACAAAGUGCACUUCUUCCACUGACUGCAAUGACUAAAGAUCUGCUGAAGAACAUUACAGACAUCUUUCUAAUGCUUGAGGAGAUUAAAAAAGAAUUUGAGAAUCAUGCAGCUCAGCUAGAUGGUGCCAAGCUGCAGCUCUUUGAGAAGUUAAACAACCUCGUCCAAAUUAUGGCAAAGAUGGAUAUCGUAACCAAGGCUGAGGAGCAUGCAGAGGAGCUCAACAGAGUGGCAGCAGAGUUUCAAGUGCUUCAUAACAGUACGGACCUGCUCAGUGUCCUGGGUAUAGGAGCUUAUAACAGCAUCAUAACUUCCAUAGAAAAGGCAGAGAUGGCAGCAAAUCAGUCCAGAGAGGCGGCUGAUCAAGCCUUAAAGGACUUGAAAGAUGGAGGUCUGGUCAACAGAGCCGAAGGACUCAAAGAUAAUUCAACUCAUUUAUGGACAGAAGCCAACGAGACUCAGAGUGACCUUAAAUUGCUGUUGCAUUCAGUGAACACCCACAAAGACAAUGUGAAUAAGCAAAAGGACAAAGGAGAAUCACUGACGAUAGACAUCUUAAUCGUCAGCGAUGAAAUCAGAAAGAUCACAAGAGAUGACACAGAAGUCCUGAUAGAGUCUGCAAAAACAGCUGCCUCUGCCUCUAACUCCACAGUCAGCAAUAUAAUGGAGAGACUGAGUAAUGUCAGCCAGGAAGUGGAGAGAAUAACUUUAACAAAUGUCAGUGUGAAUAUAGAUGAUAUAUUGAUUGAGGCAGAACAGGCAUUGAAGAACUUAAACACAGUUCUCCCUGUGUUGAACGACACAAUCACACAAGUUGAGGCUCUCAGUGGGAAGGCGCCUCCUAGUGCCAACAUGACAGAAAGCAUCAGGAGAAUCAAGGAUAUGAUAGAGGAGACAAGAAACUAUGUUAAUAAGCUCUCAGUUGCUACCACUUUCAAUGGAAAGGGUCACGUGGAACUUCAUCCUCCGAGAAACCUUGAAGAAAUAAAAGCGUUUACAGCUGUUGAUCUACUUCUCAAUCGUCAUCAACACAAUCCCUCCAAGGCCGACUACAGACGUAAGCGACGCCAGGAAAAACGCAGAGAUGCCAGCUUCUUUGUUUUCUUCCUGGGCAACAAGGAUCCUUCUGGAGACUACAUUGGGAUGGCUAUCAGAAACAAUGUGUUGAUUUGUGUCUACAAGUUGGGUGGAGUUGUCCAUGAGGUGGAAACAAGCCAAAUAACCACAACUACCAAUGUAAACUCCUCAGACUUUGACAGGGUCAUCUUCCACAGAGUAUACCAAGAUGCUGAAGUUAACGUCACGCAGAACUUCACAUCACAGAAGCCCAUUGGUCUCUCUCCUAAACGUAACCUUCCAAACUCGCUGACUGGCAUGCUUGAACUGAAUCCAGACAGCGUUGUUAUCUAUGUGGGCGGCUAUCCUGACAACUUUACGCCUCCAGUGGAGCUGCGUUACCCCAAAUACAGAGGAGCAAUGCAACUCUCUUACCUAAAUGACAACCCUGUUUGUCUGUUCAACUACAAGCAUGCAGUCAAUAUGGAUGCAAAGCAGCCUGCUCUGAAGAUUCCUAGGUCAGAGGUGUCUAAUUAUUAUGAUGGAACAGGUUACCGCAUGGCGUUAAUGAAGGAGCCGGACAAGAUAAAGAGAAGACUUUUCAAGUUUUACAUAAAAAGUCGAGAGACAAACGCCUUGUUGUUUUACAUUGGAAAUGAAGAGUCUUUUUUCUGUGUGCUGGUGGAGAGAGGCUUCCUGGUGCUUCAAGGACAGCAAACAGGUCGAGAGCUCAGACUUCAGAGUGCUGAAAAAGUGUCUCUAUUUAACAAAAGCUUUGCAAUCAUUAUGGCAGACACGUUUGUUGUGCACUAUGGACAAAAGAAGAUCUCCACAGAUCACAAUCAAACAAACUACAUGAGUUAUUACAUUGGGGGUCUACCAGCACUGCUCAGACAGAGACACAACAUCACAGCUCCGCCACUGAGAGGAUGUGUGGAUCGCCUGACAGUAAAUUCUGAGAUCGUUGAGUACAACAGGACGAUUGGUGUCAGUGAUGGAUGUCCAGUCUCUCUACUGGGUGUCCGUGAAGCUACGUUGUACUCAGCUCUGUCUGUGGAUUCCCUGUUUGUUUGGAGUGAGCAGCCACUCAGAGUCUCUCUGGCCUUCAGGAGCACAGACAGACAUGGUACUCUUCUCAGGAGUAGCUCUCAGGGAUCCACCUCAGUCCACGACCUCCAGCUGUCCCUGGCUGAUGGCUAUGCAGUAUUUAAUAGUGAUAAUUAUACCUUAAGGUCAGAUAAAAGGUAUAAUGAUGGAAGCUGGCACUUCUUGUCUGCAGUAAGGAAUGCAACAGGGUUGGAGCUCAACAUUGAUAAUGUAAAGGUGGUUCAGGAACAAUCUCUCCAUAGCAGGCCACUGGAUCAGAAUUUGCAACGAGGGAAUUUCACAGGCUGCAUCGCUAACCUUUAUACAAGGAGGCCUGAGGAGAGCUUUAUAUCUGCCGAUCUAAGCUUGUUUUCACUGAAGGGAGAUCUUGGCCAGUGCAGUCUCCGUCCACCACCACACAACAAGGUUUUACCAGCACCAGUAACGAAAAAGCCCCAGAAACAUAAACCUAUUCAGGCUCCAGCAGGCAGCCAGUGUAAACACCGGGGAGCACAACGUGUUGAAUACCAACUCUCUGAGGAACACAGCUGGCUCAGUUAUACCCUGCCACAAAAGGACCUUAAUUAUAGGCCUCACUUCUCUCUUGACAUCAAGACCAAUUCCUCCAAAGGCCUGAUCCUCCAUGUAGCAGGGAGAGGAGUCGUCCCCCUACUGGCUCUGUAUUUGGCCAAUGGCAAGAUCGAGAUGUCACUUGGGGGAAACAGAAUCAUCCAUCACAAGCAGAAGAGCAACGACGGGCACUGGCACAGAGUUGAGUUCAGUGUGGAGAACAGCACUUUUCAUCUGCUGGUUGAUGGAGUCCGUGUAACUGAUGGACAUCUGCCAAACAAUGAGGGAUCGUCUUUAGACCUGCACAACCCUGUAUAUCUGGGAGGUGAUCCGACAAGCAAAACCACAAAAGGACACAACAUUCCCAUGGACAGUGUUCUUGGAUGUAUUCGGAGUUUUAAAAUGAAUGAGGAAGUUAUUGGGGAACCUCAAGCAAGACACAAAACCUUACCCUGCUUUGAUAGGCUCACAGAGAGGGGGACAUACUUUGGCGGCGGUCACAUCAUCUUAGAUAAUUACCUCACUGUUGGCUCCCAGUUUGUGUUGGACUUUGAGGUGCGUCCUCAACACCUGACAGGGCUUCUCUUCCAUGUUCAAAGUCACAAGACAAGCCUGCGUGUGUUCUUACUGGAAAACAAGGUGGGGGUCAAAGUGAACGAUGGUAGUGGUGCUGUCAGUGUCUCAGUGACUCCUCACAAAAGCUUCUGUGAUGGGAAAUUUCACGUUGUUACAGUGUCCAAACAACUUGAAGUUAUCAAACUAGUGGUGGACUCCAUGUCUGAGCAGAAAGCCGUCCCCUUCAUAUCCACCUCGUACUCAACAGCACUGGCUACACUUUACAUUGGAGGGACAACAAAGCAAAACCGGGUCCCCGUGUCCUCACCAUUUGUGGGCUGCUUGCGUAAUGUGAAGCUUAAUGGAAGGCCUGUUGCACUUGAGGCAGGAUCCAGGGUGGUUGGCCUUGUGAUCAAUAAAUGUCCUGCAGACUAAUGACAUGUAAUUAAUGGGUGACACAUCAACUUCUUUAACCCCACAGACCCUCUGGCAUCAUUACAAACUCAUGUUGUGCAGACAGGCUUUGUUGAAACCAACAGAACUUCAUUUGAAAUUCUGUCCGCUAAACUCAGCCCCCCUCCCGUACUACGCCUGUCAAGCUUUCUAUUGUCGCACAGCUCACAUGCAGUUUACGGUGACAGGGGCAUAAUUACCACAAAAGAUAAAAGACUUUUAGACUUAGUCAACCUACAUUUAGAAACAAAAAGUCCUGAUUUAGGUAGAAACUGACCAAAACAUGCUUCUCAUUUCUAGCUGGCGACCGUUGAGUCCGUCAGCUGAAAUUACAUCGGCAGCAGAUUUGAUCAACUGUAGCUAGCCAGCUAAUUACGCUAAUAUUAGCUUCACGGGUUGGUUGAAAACGUUAACUUCUUGAUAUUUAUUUCACAAAAACUCUUUUUAAAAUGAGAAUCUUAAGAAGGUGUCUUAAAGGUCCAGUGUGUAACAUUUAGGAGGCUCUAUUGGCUAUUAGUUUUUAGGCCACCGUAGUUUCUCCUGUCCGGGUAGAGGGCGAGCUGUAUUCAGUUGGCUCCAAUCUGUAACUUCACGGCGAGAUGCCACUAAAUCCUACACACUGGUCCUUAAAGCUACCUGAUAUCAUGCUAAAAGACUGAGGCUAAAGCUUCAUAUUACAGUAAAACAGUCAGUAUCCUCACUAAUAGAUGAUCCAUGGGAAGACACAGGAUUGUUUUUAUAUUGCAGUGCAAGGAACAAUGUCAGAUCAGAGUUGUGUGUGUGUGUGUGUGUGUGUGUGUGUGUGUGUUCUUUAACAAACAACAAAUAGUUUGUGUUGGAUUAAAUUUAAUUUAAAGCACUGGAACAAACAAAUAUGGAAGUCAACAAUAUCACAUGUUGUUAAAAUCUGGAUUUUAUGUAUUUUAAACUACUUAAAGUUGAAUUGUGAUAAAUCCACUUUGACAUGAGCCUUGCAUUUGGAUAUUACUAAUAGGAUGUGUUUUGUUCUUCAGAAAAUAAUGUGAAAAUGAAAAGUAAUUUUAGUAGUUUUCUGUGAUCAAAGACAUAAAUGACUUCUGUACUUGGGUAAUCCAGAUAAAACAGUGUACCCUCCAUCUACUUCUAAGGCACCUUGACAGAAAUUCUAAUAUAUCCAAAAACGAUUUGACCCGUGUCUGUGUGACAUGUUCACAAAGAAACCAUUUUUGGAGUGAACAGCUCCUCAAUAAUGGGACCACUGUCUGUCAUUUCCUCAUUAUACUGUGUGUGUGUGUGUGUGUGUCUGUGUGUGUGUGUGUGUGUGUGUGUGUGUGUGAGAGAGAGAGAGAGAUAUCUUUUCAUCAAAGCAGACAGAAGAAGAAUGAACAGCAGCACAACACAAUGGUUUUCUUCUAGGGUUUAUUUUUAGUUCAAACAAAAGAUUACGUUGCUUGACUUUUAGGGUAACGUUUUAGAGGGAAGAAUUUUUAAAUUUCAACUAGUUAGCUGAAACCGGCAUGGCUUCUGUAAUUUGAUUUGAGAAGGGACAGUAGUUUUAUGUUUUUUUCUUUUUGUUGGA